UGCGCAUAAUUUUUCUAGGACAGAUUACACGCUGCGUGUUAUCUACCCCUAAAUAGCUAUGCGCACGCGGAAUUUCCUUUUAAGCGUGCGCAUAGUGGAACGAAGAGAACAGACACGAUGCGUGCGGACUACGGCACAAUCGUUAUGCGCACGCGGGGAAUUCAGGGGCCUACGGAGGGGGGCAGUUCAUAAAGGGUACAGAACGCGCUAUCUGCCAGCCGUGUUCGCUGGACGAGUGGACAAGGGCGUGCACGUCUAUUUAAGAGUUCCAGGUUCAAGUCUUGAUGAAACCAGGGUAAAAAAUGCGUUCAAAUAAUUAUUUUCACAUGAACCUGGAACUCUAAAAUAGACGUGCACACCCUUGUCCACUCGUCCAGCGAACAUGGCUGGCAGAUAGCGCGUUCUGUACCCUUUAUGAACUGCCCCCCUCCGUAGGCCCCUGAAUUCCCCGCGUGCGCAAAACGAUUGUGCCGUAGUCCGCACGCAUCGUGUAUGUUCUCUUCGUUCCACUAUGCGCACGCUUAAAAGAAAAUUCCGCGUGCGCAUAGCUAUUUAGGGGUAGAUAACACGCAGCGUGUAAUCCAACCGCACCCGACUCUCGCUAGGCGGCGCUGACGUUAUUUUCUGUCUCUCUCACUUUUACGCCCGUGUAGCCAACAUCAAAACAUCAAAAGAAAUCAAUUCAAAAACAUUAAAAGCGAUCCAAAAUCACACGAAAUCGUGAGGAUUCCUCUAAAGUAAUUUUGACUACCCAUAAACAUGAAAUAAAAGUAGAGGUUUUAAAAUGUGUUUUUCAUAAAUUUUGUUUGUACGGUUGUCGUCACUUUUGUUUACAUCUACCACCAGCUGAUCUGAUCUUUUGCCUUUUCUAUUUAAAUGUAAUUACAAAAAUUAAAUUUAAGAAAAUAUUUUGUAAGUUUAUUGUUUAUUACAAGAUUACAAGAACAGUUUUUUAGCUAUGGUUGUGUAUCGAAAGUGGUGUGAGGCUUUGGGCUGUAAUAGCUUCAAGCACAAUCCUCCUGACCCUAGAGACACCCGAAUGCACACCUAUCCAAAAGAUCUUGAUGUGUGCAAGAUAUGGGUCCAAGUUGGUGGAAAUCCGGAACUUUUGAAGGUGAACUCCUCAGAUUUGCACAAAUCAUACUACCUCUGUGCAAAUCAUUUUAAUGAUGCUGACUACACAGAUGGCCGAAAAAAGUUUUUAAAAGCUGGAGCCAUUCCUUCAAAUUUUAAAGGACCACCUCUUCCUGAAGAUGCCAUGGCAGUUUGGCCACUUUCAAAUGUCCUCAAGAUCAAGCGUAGGCAACGCUUGUUUCCACCUGCUGAUGAGGAUUUGCUGGAUUCAAUUGCAGAUGAUGAGCCAGAAAUUGCUGCAAAAUAUAGGAAAACAUCAUUGACAACAGUAAAAAGAAAACGUGGUGAUCUGGAAGCAGAUGAAGAAUGCAGGGAUCCUGAUCAUGCAGUGAAACGACCCUCAUUUGAUGAAUGUUCUGAUAUUCAGGCUGGACCACAUGUGUCACGAUCCAUGCAAAGAACAGAGGCAAGCAGAUCACGGAGUCCUCCUCCUAUCAGGCUGACAACAUCUCGAGUGGCCCUGGAAAGUGGUAUAGGGGACCCCACUUCCCUGAGCCCUCGUGAAUACCGUCUUGCCAGAACAGCUUUAAAAUAUCAUGCCAUGGCUAAGAGCACAGAAUACGUUUUAAAGUGUUGUCGGCGACGUUCUGGAAAUCUAAAAAAAUUAUUAAAGAAAUCUACUAUAGAUAGUAUAGAAGAAAUGCUCAUAUCACCAGAUGCAAAAAUAAUAUUGGAAUCCCAGUUUGUAAACUGGAGGAAAAAGCCACAAGGAAGAAGAUGGACCCUAAAAAUGAAGUGCCUGGCUCUUGCUAUUUGGAAGCGGAGCCGUCGUGUCUACCGUUGGUUGUCAACAAGACUGGCCUUGCCUGCUGAGAGCACCUUAAGAGAAUUACUGGUUGACAUCCCACUACAGCCUGGUGUGAAUCAGAUUAUUAUGGACAAUCUUUCUAAAAAGAUAGCCAACUUUUCAUCCAAAGAUCGGGUUUGUCAAGUUAUGUUUGAUGAAGUGUCCUUGCGGAAAGGAUUGUAUUAUAAUAAGAAAAUCAAAAUAAUUGAGGGUUUUGAAGACUAUGGUUUGAACGGUAGAACUAUGGGAAUGGCAUCUCAUGCCCUAGUCUUCAUGGUGAAAGGCAUUCAUAGAAAUUUUAAACAGCCAGUUGCCUACUUCCUCAGCCGUGGUACCUGUCCUUCCCUCAUGCUAAAAGAUUUAAUUAUUAACAUUGUACGUGCACUCACAGGUAUAGGAUUAAUUGUUGUGGCCUCUGUAUCAGACCAAGGCCCAACCAAUCGUGCAGCUGUAAAUGGUUUGAGACUGUCUUGUGAAGAAGGUUUCUAUGAUUCUGUGUAUGAGGUGGAUGGGAAGAAGAUAUGUCACAUAUAUGACAUACCACAUAUUUUCAAAAAUAUCCGCAACAAUUUAUUGAAAUGUGAUCUUGAUGUUGGUUUGAAGAGAAAAGUGUCUUGGGAUCACCUGAUCCAAUACAAAAAGGUAUGUGAAGAAACUUUAUUUAAGAAGACAUCUAUUACCAAUGAUCACCUCUUUCCCACAGGAAAACAAAAAAUGAGAUGCAAGCUAGCCAUGGAGACUCUUAGUCAUACUGUUGCAUCGGAUAUUGCAGUCAUUUUUUUGUCUAGUAAGGGCAAACUACUUAAAAACUGCAUCACCACUGCCAAAUUAAUAUCUGAUUUAGAUUUGUUCCUAGAUUUGUCUCAAGGACAGGGACCAAAGGACAAAGAGAAACCUGUGCAGAGAUGCUUUGUAACUACUGACAGUAUACACCAUGUCAUGUGGAGAAGAAUGAUUACUGAAAUGCAAAAGUGGAAGUUUAUCAGAAAGUUUGGUAAAAAUAAAGGUCAGACCCAUGUCCCCAUCUGUCUAUCUGGCUGGAUUGAUAAUAUUAGGUGUUUUCAAAGGUUAUGGAAUCACUUGCACAAAAAUUUUGGUUUUGAUGCUCUAAAUUUGCGUUGUCUGAACCAAGAUCCCAUUGAGAACUUUUUUGCAGUUAUACGCUCCACUAAUGGUUCUAACAGGAGUCCCACUGUGCAGCAGUUUAGUGCCUCCAUGAAAACGGCUAUUAUAAAUAACCUUUCCUCUGCUUUUCUGAGAGGUAAAAAUUGUCAGGAUGAAUAUGCAGAGUUGCUGUCUGAUUUUUCUGAAAUGAUUGGUCAGAAAAGAGUAGAAAGCAGUAGCUCACCUAGUCCCAGAAUAGAAUGCUCCGUUAUUCGGGGACAUGGGGAGUUACCCUCCAGUGCAUUUAGAAGUGACUCAAGAUUUAAAUGUAGUAGGCAAGAUCCAGCAAUGUGUUGCACAAAAAUUGCACACAAGGUUUUAUCAAAAGUAAAAGAAGCUUGUUCUGUUUGUAGAAGUAAACUGCUGGUACCUGCAGAUGAAGCAAACUCUGAUUAUCUUCUACAGCAGUGCCUGCAGUUGACAGCAUUGAACCGGCAUUUGUCUGAUAUGAGGAAAAAAAAACAAACUAAUAUCUCUAGCUAUGCUGAUUUAUUGCAGUUACUGACUUCAAAGGAAGAGACAAUUAGAAAUGUGUAUGCUUCCCCUCAUCUAAUCAAUACAUUUUUGUUAUGUCGUCGCAAUUUCCUGCAGCAGUCUGAGUCGAUCAUAUUCCAUUCUGAUGUUCAUGAAAAAACUGUCCAGAUAUGUUCAUCUGCCUCAUUUGACUGGUUAUGUGAAGACCACCAGCUCAUCAUCAGACCAAUGCUAAUAAACUUCUUUGUAGACUUCUUUUUGGAAAACAUUUGUCAGAAAAUAAAUCAGAUUACCAGGGAUACUGAAAAACUAAAAGCCAAGAAAUCUGCAUUACGAAAUAUCUGGCGAUCCAGAGUGCAAAAUCAUGCUGAUGGAAGGACAAAUGCUAAAGAAGAUCAGGAAUGGGAGGAUGUGGAGAGUCUGCUGUGUUACUUGGAUGGCAUGCCAGAAGCAUCCUCACCAGUGACCUCAUCUUCAGCUAAUAUUGGAUCACAAGUAUCUAGGACUGCUACCCCUCCUCCAGCCCAGUCUCUUCAACAAAGUGCUCUUUUCACCCCUGUGCCUCCAAGUGGGACACUGCAGCAUGUCCAACAGGGCUCACAAGUUACUCCUAAACCUCAAAGAGCUCUUGUCACCCCUGUGCCUCCAAGUAGGACCCUGCAGCUUGUCCAACAGGUGGUGCAAUUUUAG